AUGGCUGCCUUCGAUGCUCCGGAGGUGGCUGCGUUGCUCAAGAGUGUCGUUAGCAAGAAGCUGGUUUCCGGCGGCUACGGCGUGGAGGCGACGGCAGUGGAAACGUCUGACGAGGAAAUGUCGGUGGUGGACUAUUUGGUUGACUCCUGGGCGGUCGCGGACGGACAGUGCGGACGCCGAGAGUGGGACUCUGCAGGUGCAUUUGUCGACGCGAAUAUUGGCCCGGCCGGCCUCCUCGUCGAGGUCGCGCCCAUGAUGGAGAGAGCGAGAGACGCAAUGACUGUGGACGGCCUGGAGUCACCGGACACCGCGGACUUCCACCAGUCCCAUUUGAAGGAACUUCUAGGACUGGUGCUGGAGCUGGAGGAUAUUGUGGCGUCGAAGAUCGCAUGCGUGGAGAUGACUAAGGCGUUCUUCAAGUUCGUUCUGGUUCCGCUCAAGCUGGCGGCUCCAGUGGCGCGGAUGUUGUUGGACAAGAAGCCGAAGUUGUUGUUGGCGUUCGCAGCAAAGGCAUUGCUCAUGAAUGCUUCAGGGGGCAAAGCCUUUGGCGACGACGGAAUGAAGAAGUUGAUGCUGUUGGCGCUCGUCGCACCGAAAGCUCUUGAUGUGUUGAGGACGAAUCCGGCAGGCGAUUUGCUGCCUCUCCUCAAACUUCUUCCCCUUCUAGGGGGAGCCAAGUUGGACAAGCUGUUGCCGAUCGCGCUGCUCGCCAUGGCUGCCUUCGAUGCUCCGGAGGUGGCUGCGUUGCUCAAGAGUGUCGUUAGCAAGAAGCUGGUUUCCGGCGGCUACGGCGUGGAGGCGACGGCAGUGGAAACGUCUGACGAGGAAAUGUCGGUGGUGGACUAUUUGGUUGACUCCUGGGCGGUCGCGGACGGACAGUUCGAAGACGAAAUGACAGUUUCGAGGGCGGCAACGGAAGCAAAGGAAGCCAAGUGCAUUUGUCGACGCGAUAUUGGCCCCGGCCGGCCUCCUCGUCGAGGUCGCGCCCAUGAUGGAGAGAGCGAGAGACGCAAUGACUGUGGACGGCCUGGAGUCACCGGACACGCGGACUUCCACCAGUCCCAUUUGAAGGAACUUCUAGGACUGGUGCUGGAGCUGGAGGAUAUUGUGGCGUCGAAGAUCGCAUGCGUGGAGAUGACUAAGGCGUUCUUCAAGUUCGUUCUGGUUCCGCUCAAGCUGGCGGCUCCAGUGGCGCGGAUGUUGUUGGACAAGAAGCCGAAGUUGUUGUUGGCGUUCGCAGCAAAGGCAUUGCUCAUGAAUGCUUCAGGGGGCAAAGCCUUUGGCGACGACGGAAUGAAGAAGUUGAUGCUGUUGGCGCUCGUCGCACCGAAAGCUCUUGAUGUGUUGAGGACGAAUCCGGCAGGCGAUUUGCUGCCUCUCCUCAAACUUCUUCCCCUUCUAGGGGGAGCCAAGUUGGACAAGCUGUUGCCGAUCGCGCUGCUCGCCAUGGCUGCCUUCGAUGCUCCGGAGGUGGCUGCGUUGCUCAAGAGUGUCUUCGAAGACGAAAUGACAGUUUCGAGGGCGGCAACGGAAGCAAAGGAAGCCAAGUCGGCAGUAAAAUCUAUCUCGAGGGACGUUGCAGCGUGGACAGGUGCGGACGCCGAGAGUGGGGACUCUGCAGGUGCAUUUGUCGACGCGAUAUUGGCCCCGGCCGGCCUCCUCGUCGAGGUCGCGCCCAUGAUGGAGAGAGCGAGAGACGCAAUGACUGUGGACGGCCUGGAGUCACCGGACACCGCGGACUUCCACCAGUCCCAUUUGAAGGAACUUCUAGGACUGGUGCUGGAGCUGGAGGAUAUUGUGGCGUCGAAGAUCGCAUGCGUGGAGAUGACUAAGGCGUUCUUCAAGUUCGUUCUGGUUCCGCUCAAGCUGGCGGCUCCAGUGGCGCGGAUGUUGGGCAAAGCCUUUGGCGACGACGGAAUGAAGAAGUUGAUGCUGUUGGCGCUCGUCGCACCGAAAGCUCUUGAUGUGUUGAGGACGAAUCCGGCAGGCGAUUUGCUGCCUCUCCUCAAACUUCUUCCCCUUCUAGGGGGAGCCAAGUUGGACAAGCUGUUGCCGAUCGCGCUGCUCGCCAUGGCUGCCUUCGAUGCUCCGGAGGUGGCUGCGUUGCUCAAGAGUGUCGUUAGCAAGAAGCUGGUUUCCGGCGGCUACGGCGUGGAGGCGACGGCAGUGGAAACGUCUGACGAGGAAAUGUCGGUGGUGGACUAUUUGGUUGACUCCUGGGCGGUCGCGGACGGACAGUUCGAAGACGAAAUGACAGUUUCGAGGGCGGCAACGGAAGCAAAGGAAGCCAAGUCGGCAGUAAAAUCUAUCUCGAGGGACGUUGCAGCGUGGACAGGUGCGGACGCCGAGAGUGGGGACUCUGCAGGUGCAUUUGUCGACGCGAUAUUGGCCCGGCCGGCCUCCUCGUCGAGGUCGCGCCCAUGA